UGGUGCUGUUGUCGAAGGAUUUGGUCGGCACUGAAGUCGGGUCCGCAUGAGCAGGUUGUCUGCGUGUCGCGCGUGGAGGUUGUCUGCGUGUCGCGCGUGGAGGUUGGCUGCGUAUCGCGCGUGGAGGUUGGCUGAUCAUAGUGCGUGGAGGUUGGCUGAUCAUAGUGCGUGGAGGUUGGCUGAUCAUAGUGCGAGGAAGUUGGCUGCGUAUCGCGCGUGGAGGUUGGCUGCAUGUCGCGCGUGGAGGUUGUCUGCGUGUCGCCCGUGGAGGCUGACCCUACAGCACUGCGGACCGGGGCGCUGUGUGUGCUGCAAUGGCUCGAAGCCGGACGCUCUUCGCGGACCAUGUUCCAGCUGAGGUCGGAGGCGGCGUGGGGAGCGUCAGAGGCGGCGUGGGGAGCGUCGCAGUCGCGACUCGCCGUGAGGAGCGUCGUAGUUGGCGUGGGGGGCGUCGUGGUUGGCGUGGGGAGCGUCAGAGGCGGCGUGGGGAGCGUCGUGGUUGCAAACGUAAGUAGUCGCGGUCGCAGUCCUGAUUGCGAAUGUAGUCGCAGUGGUGAUCGCCGUAGUCGCAAUCGCAAUCGCAAUCGCCGUUACCGAACAAGCCAGUCGUAAAAGGGGUCGGGGCGAGGAGGUGUGUCCGUGCCGGGGCGAGGAGGUGUCUGCGGGUCGGGGUGAGGAAGGGAGAGGAGAGGGGGGGAGGAGAGGGGAGAGGGAAGGGGCGAGGAGGUGUCCGCGGGUCGGG